AUGACGACUUUGCAAGCUGAGAAACUAUCAACAAAUAGCAGAGUGAAGUCUACUUCUUCUAAGACACACCAAGCCUCUAGAUCUCGGCAUGGUAAAUUGUCACCGGCCGCGAGCCCGAGUUCAGGCUCCGCGUCGGGUGAAGGCCGGCCGAGAAACAGCGCUCCGUCACGGCGGCAACAGAUCACCAACUCCCCAUCGCUGACCAAGGUGGCCGGACGUCGUGGUGGGAGUAGCGGCAGCAAUGUGGUGAAUCAUCGAAGGAGGUUAAAUGGAGAGGAUAAGGAGCUUGAAGACAGUGGUCAAGAUGUGAGAUUUACCGACGUCCCUUCACAAGAAGAUUCAUCUGCAAGGCCAAGCUCAAAUUCUCAACUGUCGCCACAAGAUAUUCUAAAGUUGAGUCAAGAGGGCAGUUUUGAGGAUGUCUAUGAAGUGAAUUUACACGCAUCAAAUGUCGGCACAGUACCAAAUUUAGAAAAGUUUACCAACCUUCGUUUGCUGGAUUUGUCGUGUAAUAGCAUCAAACAGGUUAAGAAUCUCCAUCAAAAUAAGGGUUUACGGGAGUUGAAACUGUACGGAAACCAAAUAACAGAAGUCAUUAACUUAGAGAACUUAGUUGAACUGCACACACUGCAACUUCAACACAACAGAAUAAACAACUUAGGACGAUGUUUAUCUUGUCUGAAGAAGUUGAAGGUAUUAAGAUUGGACAGUAAUCAUCUGAGGAAGUUGGAAUCUAGAGAAAUCGCAUCUUGCUCUCAGCUUACAUUUCUGGAUAUCAGCAGCAAUAGGAUUGAUAACCUCACUGGUUUAAACUGUUUAUCAACAUUGGAGGAGUUACACGCAACGCAUAAUGAUCUGAAAUCUGUAGGUGAGCUAAGCAGAUGUAAAAAGCUUAAUGAGGUCAACUUCUCCUACAACAGACUGUCUGAUGUCACAGGUUUAAAAGGUCUCCCUCAUAUCACGAUUCUUCACUUGUCACAUAAUGUACUGACGACUAAUUGUCUGAAGGCACUUGGAAGAUUAAGAUCGUUACAGAAUCUUGACAUCUCUUCUAAUCAGCUGAUUGAAGUCAACGUGAUACCAGAGUUAUUUCCAGCUUUAGAGGUUCUCAAUGCUAGUGAGAAUAGAAUACACAGAUGGUCAUCAGUGCUUUCGUUAGCAAAGUGCACCAGUCUAUCAGAGUUGUAUAUGUCUGGGAAUCCAUUCUGCAUGGAGGAUGGAGAAAAACCAAGUUAUCAUCAUGACUUACAGGAACAUAUUCCUCAUCUCGACAUUCUUGAUGGAGCUCACGUCAAGAAAACAUCAUCCAAGACAGUUCCUAUUAUGAGACCAAUGUCCGCUGCUUCAGCUGUGAGUGCAAGACAAGUUGAGAAUCAGCUGAAGAGUGUGGAGCAAGAUUUGUUAUCAUUUGAGUCAAGUCUUCAGGCAAGAUUUGAGAGCAUGCGUUCAACCAUGGAGACUCUACCACUAGAAGCGCCCCCAAGACCAAGUACUGCACUCAGUAUACGCAGUAUCUCUACUUCAGAUGGAUCCAGACCUGCUAGUAGAUGUAACAGUCGCAGUCGGAUAGCCGAGGCCCAAGCCUUUGCAUUUAAGAACUUUUGAUUGGUAGGAAUAUUACCUUGGAUUAGCUCCGUCGAGUGAGGAUUGAUGCAUCAUGGUGGACCUCCACCAGCUUGAAGUGUACAAGAUGAUCUUCUUCUUGUUGUCCGUGGGUGGAGCCGCAGUGAUUAUCCCUCGACCAGCCCGCUGCCGUUGCUGGUUGACCCCGGCGAGAACGCUCCACUAAGCCCGGUUGCGCCCUUGCAAGGAAAAACUUGAUUGGUGCAUCUGUUUGGUUGGCUGUGCCGCAAGUUCUAAAAAACAGUUGACAUGAUGCACUCCACAGCAAAAUGAGGAAUUUCUCAGAAAUAUUAGUGAACACAAUUGAAACAACAGGCAUGAUACAAGACUGAUGUCUUAAGCAUUCUUAUUUCACGUGAAUGCGAUAUGAACUUUAACAUCACAAAUUCGAAACAAAAAAUUAGCAAAAAUUGAACUGUGUUCAACUCCUGUGAAACAUUCGCUGCGAAAACAGCCAUGUGAUGUCAAAAUUUGCUUCGCAGGAAGUAUGAACUGGGCUUUAUACGACAACACAUGGUUGAGAAAUACUUACCUUUGAGGUCUACAUUAUGUAAUAUUUGAAAGCAGUUUUAUCUACUUGAUAAAAGUAUGAAAAUGUUUGGAAUUGGGUGACAUACAAUGGUUGCAAGUAAUACUAUUAAUAGUAACACACUAAAAUAAGGCACUUUGACACUGAAACAGGAAUUGUUCUAAAACUUUCAAAGGUGUAGAACAAAUACUAACGGUUAAGUCUCAUGCUGAUUUGAAAACUUUGAUCUCAAAAUGUGCGUUAUUUUAUUUCCUUCACACAUAAAUGCGUUGUCAAUGGGAACCUUGGUUCCUCCAAAAUAUUCUAUUAGACCGUAUGCAUUGACGGCUUCCUGACACCAAAUUUUGCAGGUCUGGAAUUUCAUCUUUGAAAGGGGAAGGCCAUUUUGAUUUUGCAAAAGGCAAAUGAGCACGAUAGGCACAAGGGCACAAUUGGAAAAUCUUAAAGUCUAUGGCAAACUUCUGAAGGGGCACUAAGGCCAGGGGCAAUAGCAGCCAUGGCCUUAGUAUAAUUCCAGGCCUGCUCUUGACUACCAUCUUUUGACCUCUACAUGAGGGUGCCUGCGUGAAUGACAUAUGCAUUGUAGGUAUAAAUGUGCACAUUCUUUUGUUACUGAGCCCAAAGUAAAGAUUUGUCAACUCUUGUCUAAUAAUGUACAGGAUGAUUGGGUUUUUUUCACUCUUAAAGACACUGGACACUGUUGUCAAAGACCAGUCUUCUCACUUGGUGUAUCU